AUGCAAGAAGACAAAGACCGCAGGGCUGCUCGCAAGGGGAGACUCGAAGAGGUCUGGGAAGACACCCGCACCGAAGGCGAGAAGCCCACAGAGACCGACGAUGAUUUCCUUGAUCGAUUGACAAAUCUUCCGACCGGAUCAGAAAGCCGCGUUUGGUUGCAACUUCGCUAUUGUCUGGGCCACUGUUCUGAACACCAGUGA